AUUCUAGUAAAGAAGGGUUGAACAACAUGUGCGAAAUGUGCCAGUAUGUUUCAUUCAAAGCCACGUUUUAUUGUGAGCAAUGCUCGCAACGUUUAUGCAAUUCGUGCGUGAAAUUGCAUAACAAUAUGAAAUUGCUUGCGGGUCAUAACAUCCUUAAAGUAGAUGAAACGAAGCUGGAAUAUGAUUACGCUCGCACAGAAGAAGAACUGGGCUUAGCCAUGCAUGCUAAAUGGUCAGUUGACUUACAGAGUGGACGAGGGGUGCAUACAUAUGAUCAGCUUAAUCACAAAGAAGAAUCUAAAGCGAAGGUCGGGUAUGAAAACAUCGAGGCUCCAAGCAAAGAAAAACGUAUAGUUGAUUCAGUCUUCGACACAGAUGAUAGCGGAGGAGCCGUCGAACACGUGUACGAUUCGAUGGAUUUUUCCCAGUUGGAAUCUCUACCUGAACGGUUUAGUGUAACUGUGGAGCCUGGUGAGUUGGCGCAACGUUGUGGUAUCGAGGGUGUUAUGACAAUGGUGGUGACCAAUCGAAGCAUUUCAUUCGAGGACCCUACAACCCUGCAGAAGAAGUACGUCUUCCAGCUAACUUGGUUUAGGCGCUUUGGAAAGAAACACCCUGACCAUCUCUUUUUAGACGUUGGAACACCAUGCCCAAAUGGGAAAGGCGUUGUCUCGUGCAUUGCUCCUAGUGCUCUAGAAAUUCAUAAGAUAAUAAGCAGUAAAUGUAAAAAACGAUAA